AUGACGAUUAUUUCGGAAAAUGAGGUGAGUUUUUGGAAAAUUUUUGAAUUUUUGACACUAUUAUCGAAAAUCUCAUCGUACCACGCCCACCGAAAUAAACACGCAACGCAGACCGCGUCGCGCCACAAAACACACAAAUAAGGGAAUGAUUCAAAUUCCCUCCAUUUUUUGUGUGUUUUGUGGCGCGACGCGGUCUGCGUUGCGUGUUUAUUUCGGUGGAGCGCGUGGUACCGAUGAAAUUUUCGAUAAUAAAUAAGGCUAAAGUGUACUGUAGGUCAGGUUUUGGGGCUAAAAAUCAAUAUGAUUCUAUACGAAACAUCUGGUAGGUCAGCUGGCUUAAAAAAAAAUUUUUUUUAGGAAAAAAAAUAUUACAGCAAGCAAAAAUGAACGGCAACCGGAAGAAAGCGUGGGAUUUUUGGCGCCAAAAUUUGAUCUACAUUACUUCUAGACCUAUUUUUAGCGCCAAAAAUGAUCCUGGGCUUGUUUAGUGUCAAAAAAUCCCAAAUUUUCAGCCUGGGCCUCAAAAAUGGCCCAGUUUUCACCCCAGGCUUAUCCGGUCUCAAAAAAUCGCAAAUUUUCAGCCUUGCGACCUCAUCCUCCCCUCAAACAUGCCAACCGAAGUGAUCCGCGAGCUAGACGGCGAAAAACUCUUGGAUCGCACCACCUUCUUCACCGAAUUCUCCACCACCGCCUAUCUGGAAGACUUCUACAACAAUGUAGAAGACCCAGCGAUGCAAAUGGUCCUCACCUUCCUCCCAAACAUCGUGGCGCGAGUCGGAAAAAUUCAAAAAAUUCUGGAUUUCGGUGCGGGACCCACCAUCCACGUGGCGGCUUGUUAUCGCGAAACAGCUGAGGAGAUUUAUUUGGCCGAUUAUUUGCCGCAAAAUCGACAGGAACUCGAAAAAUGGUUGGCGGGAAAUUCAAAUUUCGAUUGGAGUCAUCCAAUAAACAUGAUUUUGACGCGGGAAGGUCGAACUUUGGAUAAAAAAGAGCAAGUUUUGACGGAGACACGUGGCAAAAUUCGCGGCGUUUUUCAUUGUGAUUGCUUUCAAAAUCCGUCGACCGAAUGUUCGCAGGAACUUCAGGGACAAUUUGAUGUGAGCCAUUUUUUGAGUCUAGAUAAGCCUAGGGCCUAAAUUAGGCUGUUUUUAGGCUCUAGGCCGAGAAAUUUGCGAUUUUUUGAGUCUAAAUAAGCCUAAGCCUAAGCUUCUAGUUAAGCCUAACCUCAAGCCUAGCAUUUUAGACAAGCCUAAGCCUAUUCAGACCAUUUUUAGGCCGAAAAAAUCGCGAUUUUUUGAGUCCAAAUAAGCCUAAGCCUUAGCUUCUAGACAAGCCUAACCUUAGGCCUAAAUUUUUGGAUAAGCCUAAGCCUAUUCACACUAUUUUUAGGCUCUAGACCAAAAAAUUCGUGAUUUUUUGAUACUAAAUGAGCCCUGGUCUCAAAAAAUUUCAAAUUUUCGCGCUAAAAUCAACCGUACCAUUUCAAAAUUCAAUUUUGCAGGUCGUAGUCACAAUAUUCUGCGUCGAAUACUGUAGCAACACCCUUGACGAAUACUACAAAGCCAUCAAAAACAUUGCGCAAAACGUAAAAUCGGGCGGCUAUUUGGUGUACGGUGGAAUUUUGGAGGAAAAUUGGUGCAGUUUCGGCGGAAGGAAAUUCACCUGUUUGUAUAUUACCAAAGAAAUUAUGCUGGAUGCGCUGGCCAAAGCUGGACUUUUCAUCGAAAAAGAUCGAACUUGUGUUUUCUACGAGAUUAAUGGCAUGUUUAUGGUUUGUGCCAAGAAAAUUUGAAGAAAAUUGAUGCAUUUUGAGCUAUUUUACGUGAAAAAUAAGCAUUUUUAACCCAAAACUGUGUAUAGUUAUAUUUCUUUUGUACAACAUUUCAUACAUAUUUGUUCAUAUAUUUUAUUUGGAAAUUUUACUGGUUUUUCUCAUCAUUUUCUUGCGUAAUUUAUAGGUUGCUAAUAAAUAGUUGGAAUUUUGCGCGUUUUUUGACACCGAACACGUGGAAAAGAAAAAAAAACAAAAAAAUGAAAAAAAAAUAUUUGAAAAAUAAGUUUGGCGGGCGCGCGCAUGUGCGCUCCAUGGCGAAUUUUUUUUGAAAUUUUUUUGUUUUUCGCGCAAAUUCAGUUUUUCACGGGGUUUUCGAGGUCUUCCGUGUGAAAUCGAUUAUUGAAUCGAUAAAACGAGUAAAAAUACAUAGGUGAGUGAGAUUUGUAAACGGUUUUUCUGAAAAUUUCAAGAUUUUUAUAGAAAAAACUGA